ACUCCAUGAGAGAGAUGGUCCCCGCUGUUCCUUGACUAAUAUGCGACACAAGGAGUCGAUUGUGUCUGUGGAGCCAGCUCACGUGACCACGCCCACCAUGCUUGAUGGUAUGAAUUAGCCAACGAAGUGAGCUACAGUUACUAUCUCAUAUUAUAAUCUGCCAAAUACCGACUAACAACGAAUACGGACGCCUUAUUCGAAUAUUAGAGGCAUUUCUGAUACCUUAUGUCGCAGAGCUGUGUACUUACCUUUCAAGCGAAGUGAAAAAUGAUGAAAUCUAUCUCAAAAAUUUAUGGCUUCUCACACCCAGUGUGCAUAAGGCUUUCCGUGGAGGUCAUGUCUCAAUGAAAUUGCAAACCUACAAGACUGUCAAGUGAGUCGAAGAGGAGGAGAUAGUGAGUAACAAUACUGGCAAAACCUAGUUCUUUAUUGAAAUGUAUCAAAUAGUACGGCCUAUAUAGGCUUUUCCCCGAAGACUGGUACAAUCUUUACCUUGGAGAUGGAAAAGAGUGGCGAGACAAUAUACUGUUUACACGAAUAUCCACACCCGACGUGAAACGACUUCCCCUGCCAAGUCCUCAUCUUUUUGAAAUUCAUUCUCGAUUCGCCGCUGCAUUACAUCGUUUUUAUGUCGACGACAAAUAAGAUUGCCAAAGGUUGGCAAAAGCCUCGUCACUUAGGACUACUGUCAGAUUUCCCAUUCCCUCCAAUCAGACGGUUUUUCCAUAGCUUAUGGCUCUGUUUACCUUCUGCAGCACGUGUAUACUGCUUUCGCCACUUAGUGAGAUUGGGAAGAUGGCUAUAUGGACCAAGCGGGGCAGAAUUAGUCGACCGAGUGCUUUUCGGGCUUUACAUCAAGCGGACUAGAGGUUCUUCCCAGAACGAGCCUAACGCUUUCAAAGUAAUUGAGAAGUACACAUCUAUCUCAGCACCACGUCUCGUCGAUGUUGGAAAUCGUCAGCUUUAAAUACUACUAAUGUUCUAAACAUUCUCAAUCAUAUUUGAUGUCCAAACCCAUUCCAAGAUUCGUACCAAUAUCAAUGUGCUA